UGUAUAUGUACUUUUCUAUCAUUUAGUAAACUAACUUACAUAUUUUAUGGAUAUUUCAAUAUUAAAUUCAAAACUGUACAAUGAACACAAACAGUGAACGGCAGGAAGAUUGUGUAAAAUUAGUGAAUUAGAUGAAAUUUUGAGCAGAAUAUUUCCUUUUAGGGAACUUUUUAUUUAAUUCUCUGUUAAAAAUACAGAAUACAGCCAAUCACACAGACUUAAUACGCUUCUUUUUUGGCAAUUUCAAUGUUUUCUUGUCCUUGGUCAUUGAUUCUAUUAAACAAUUACAGUAUAUUGUAAAGUAUAUUCUGUAUUUUAAAAUUAUAAUCCUGCUGAUAAUCGUCAUUUUACUAAACCACGGUUUCGUCCUGAAGGUGGAGACGGUGGCAGAUUCACCUUCGGCUGGUGACCCGGCUGCAGAACAGGCGGCGAAGGAUGAAGCCCGCGGCAGACAGCGAUGCCAAACCCCUCAACCACGACUAUUGGUGAUUACAUAACAGCUGUGUACCGAUCAGCUUCAUACAUCUGCAUUCACAGACUUUAACGACAGAAACGCUUUAUGACUUCACAAACAGUUCUCCUUUUCUACAACCAAGAGGAGACACGUCUCCAUCCACACUAAACUGGAGGGCCCUCGAGAUGCUCGUUGACCUCAACGGUGCGGGACGCAAGUCGUGUCCUCUGUGUCCCGAAGAGAAGUUUAAAGCGUGCUACAGCCACAAGCUCCGCCGACACCUGCAGAACCUCCACUGGAAAGUCUACGUGGAGUUUGAAGGCCAGAGGAUGUGCAUCUGCCACCUGCCCUGCAGAAACCUGAAGCCCAGCCUCAGUGGAGACCAGGCAUCGGGCAGACACGUGGCUCACUACCACUGCGUCGUGUGUUCUGUCACCAUCGCCCGUAAGACGGACAUGAUCAGCCACCUGAAACGACACGUCAACAAAGGAGAGACUGAAGCCAGCUACUCCGGCAGCUCCGACGUCACGUUUGAGGAGCCGGCUCCGUCUGGUCAGGCGUACGAAAUCAUGAAAGAGCUCGGAACCAACGUCCAGCUCCUCCCGAACCACACCACCCCGCAGAAGAGCGACACCUACUUCAACCGCAAGAUGAAGACCAACAGGCAGCUGGUGUUUUGCUCGCUGGCUGUUCUGGCCGAGGAGAGGAACCCGCUCGAGUGUCUGGAUGCUUUUGGAGCUACAGGGAUGUAUUGGGGCCUGCCAGUGGGCGAAGCACCUUCGUACGCCGUCACGACGAUCACCAUGCAGGCAGCAGGUCACACACGGUGCGUGGAAGAUGACUCAAGAGAAGAGCUGCGUGCGAAGGCUGCAGACCACCAUGCCGGACGUGCGACGGGCCUCGAGAGUCCCCGGGCCGACGCCGGGGAUCGCCGGCCGAGCCUCGUGGUGUCGGUGUCACCCAGCGGGACGUAG